AUGGCGCACCCACCGCAACGCAACAAGGAUGCUGACGGCGCACGACAACACACAACGUCGUCACGGAACAACUACAACCACCCCGGCACCACAAGAACGACGCGGCAGCGCCACGUCACCAACCCCCAGCAAACACACGACAUCGAAGGAGAUCGAUGGCAGGCGAGGACGACGGUGACGAGGUUGUGCCGUACCCAGCCUGCUUUUUCCCUUCUGACACCAAUGAGGUGCCACGUCGCUAGCUGCGACGUGGCAACCGGACAACGAACGACGACAUCGGUCGUCGUUCGUCGUCUUUGUUUCGCCUGGCGGACCACGACGACUGCCCUAAAAAUGAAGACGACGAUGGAUGAAGGUGUGGGUGGUGGACCACGGACGAAGAUGAACGCCCACGGACGACCACCAACGACCGCGAGCGCCCACCAACAACCACGAGCGCCCACCAACGUCCACGACCACCCGCGCGAACGUCCACGAGCGCCCACCAACGAGACGAGGGCGACCCGCCCACGAACGUUUACAACCGCCCACAAACGAAGGCGACCGCCCGCCAACGAAAACGACCACCUGAACGGACACAAGCAAUGA